AUGGCGUCCCAAAAGGCUUCACACUUUGUCACCAAGACGGUCCUCGGCAUUGAUGUCAACGAACGAUACUCCCGCAUGCCCCAGGACCUCGAUCAACGCGCGAGAGAGACCAUCACACCCGCCGACCUCUUCCUGGAGCAGGAGCCAACGAUAUCCGAAUUCUUCAAGGAGUUUGCCCCCUCACGAGACGGUGUCCAUCAAUACUUCCAAGGACUCUUCCCAUCAGCUGCAUGGGUUCCUAGAUAUUGCCUCAGCUGGCUACUAGGUGAUGUUACUGCCGGCAUCACUAUCGGCCUAGUUGUUGUCCCCCAAGCUCUAGCCUACGCCCUUCUCGCCCAGCUCACACCCGCAUAUGGCCUUUACACAUCAUUUACCGGUGCCGUCUUGUACUGGCUCUUUGGAACUUCAAAGGACAUUGUCAUUGGUACAACAGCCGUCGGUUCCCUUCUCGUCGGCCAAGUCAUCAGCCAUGUCGAUAGCGCUAAGCCCGGAAAAUACUCCAACGAAGAAGUCGCUCACACUUUGAGUUUGAUGUCUGGCGCAGUUCUCCUCUUCUUCGGUCUGUUCCGUCUUGGUUGGAUCAUCGAGUUCAUCCCCUAUAUCCCCAUCUCGGCUUUCAUCACCGGUGCUAGUAUCACUAUCAUGUCGACACAAGUGCCCGUCCUACUUGGCCUUUCGGAGAUCAACACUCGCGAGUCCCCUUACAAGGUCAUCAUCAACACCCUCAAGGCCUUGCCCGAUACAAAGCUUGACGCCGCCAUUGGUUUCUCCUCGAUUAUCCUCCUGUUCGGUAUCCGAGAUAUCUGUGCUUUCAUGGAGCGUCGCCACCCUCAAAAGAAGCGUGUCUGGUCCUACAUCUCAUCUCUCCGAAUGACUUUUGUCAUGCUUCUCUUCACUCUCGUUAGCUUCCUCGUGCAUCACGGUGUUCCUUUUGAGGAGAGCAAGUUCCGAAUCGUUGGCAAGAUCGACCCAGGAUUCAAAAAGGCCGGCCUGCCCUCGCCCGACACUGAGCUGCUUAAGCUUGUCAUGCCUCAACUGCCUGCCGUUGCUAUCAUUCUGGUUAUUGAGCACAUCGCCAUUGCCAAGUCGAUGGGCCGACUGUACGACUACACUGUCAGUCCUUCGCAAGAGAUCGUGGCCCUGGGUGCUGCCAAUCUGUUCAGCCCUUUCAUGGGAGGUUACGUGUGCACAGGCUCCUUCGGAGCUUCAGCUGUCCUCUCCAAGGCUGGUGUGAGAACACCUCUGGCAGGUCUCUUCAGCGCACUGGUUCUUGUCUUGGCGCUAUAUGCCCUGACAGUGGUAUUCUACUACAUCCCCAAGGCUGCUCUUGCCGGCUUGAUCAUUCACGCUGUUUGCAACCUCUUGGCACCUCCCAAGAAUCUCUACAAGUACUGGCAACUCUCGCCCCCUGAGCUGCUCAUCUGGAUCAUUGGAGUCAUCCUGGCAGUCUUUGAGUCUCUUGAGAUCUCCAUCUACGUUGGUAUUGGCCUUUCUAUUGCCCUUCUCCUCUUCCGCCUUGCCCGCACACGAGGCAAGUUCCUCGGUCGUGCGCGAGCUCAUCGCAUGGUCAACCACGGCAACCAACAUACCCUGAGCCGAAGAUCAAGCCAUGCCACUCUUCUCCAUGACGAAUCUGGUCGUGACGUGUUCCUACCCCUCGACCAUAAGGAUGCCUCAAACCCCGACAUCGAUGUCGAGUCACCUUACCCAGGUGUUUUCAUUUACCGAUUCAGCGAAGGAUACAACUACACCAACCAGGCCUAUCACGUCGACACACUGGUUACUCACGUCAUGGAGAACACCAAGCGUACCUCUGAGGAGCACUUUGAAAAGGAAUCCGAUCGCCUCUGGAAUGACCCUGGUCCCAAGGGACAAAAGAAGAAUGGUGACGACCUUCCUUUCCUCCGCGCUAUUGUUCUGGACUUUUCUGCUGUCAACAACCUCGACAUUACCUGCAUCCAAGGCCUCAUGGAUCUCCGCAACUCUCUUGAUCGGUAUGCCUCCCCCGACGCUGUGGAAUGGCACUUUGCAAAUGCCAACAACCGCUGGACUCGUCGCGCUCUCGCCAGUGCUGGUUUCGGAUACCCUUCUUCUAAGAAUCAGGAGGCGCUCGGAAGCUGGGUGCCUUCAUACUCUAUCGCGGCGACAUUGAUGGACAAGGACCCUCAAUCCAUGGCAGCCAUUUUUGGUGUUGACAGGCCAUUCUUCCACAUCGAUCUUGUUGAUGCAGUGGAUGCUGCAGUGCGAGAUGCACGGAACAAGGAUCAGAAACAGUAA